CCCAACAGGAGAUGCAAAAGCUCGGAAGAUCGGCUUUAAUUCUUUACCGGUACACCUGGCUUUAUCUUGAGCGGGUUGGUCGGCGGCCAUGGACAUUCUCGGCAAACACCGCAUCGGGUUCAAUAACCUAGGAGUGCAGCUAUUUGCAGAUCUUGAGAGGGACCUAUCUCUCGCGUUGACAAAAGGAUCGAGUGAGAAGGCAGAUCUAGAAAGGGCAAUUGCGGAGCAGAAGGAACUUUUGCAGGAGAGGCAGGCUUUAGUGUACACCCCGAACUCGCCUAUUGGCGUGGCCUUAGUUAUUCCCUAUCCAAAGAACUACCUGGUCUAGAGCCCUUCAACGUGCAAAAAAGCAUAUGAAAGAGAAGGGGGUAUGGAAGGAAAGGGAGACUUUUACACUGUCUAAACGCCGGAGGCGCUAUUGAUGGGGGGAUCGGAGCUUCCUAUGUGUACCGUAGCGCAAAACAUGGCUUUCUAGAUUUCUUAAAGAUACCCUCAUUCUCGA